GUGUGGGAGCAGUGGGUGCAGACCGCGCCGCCUCUUUUAUCUCGCGCAGCUGUAUACUGUGUGCACACGCUGACCGCCUACGAACCGUAUGCGUCGCUCGCUGACGCCUGCAUGGCGGUGUCUUUUAUGAAUGAGACCGCGCCGCCGCUGCUGUCUCGCGCAGCUGUGUCCUGUGUGCACACGCUGACUGCCUACGAGCCCUACGCGGCGCUCGCUGAUGCCUGCGUGCGUGCAUACUUGAGCAGUCCUGCUGUAUACUGUGUGCACACGCUGACCGCCUACGAGCCCUACGCGGCGCUCGCUGAUGCUUGCCGCGACGGGUCGCCGCUGUGCUUCCGUGUACGUCUGCACGCCGCCUACGUCACGCUCGCGGCGCACGACCACGCCCCCAGCGCUAUACGCGCCGCGCUAUUGGCGCUACUUGCUGCUGAAGUAGACUUCCUUAUUGAGUACGUCACGCUCGCGGCGCACGACCACGCCCCCAGCGCUAUACGCGCCGCGCUAUUGGCGCUACUUGCUGCUGAAGUAGACUUCAUCGAACACGAAGUCAUCGUAGCCGUAUGGAUCUGCGCCACGUGCCGGCUCGUACGAGAGCUGAGCUUCGAGGCCGCCGAGGGCGAAGCGCGAGCCGCGGCGCACGCGCUGCUGACGCGCUGCGCCGAGCCGCCGCGCCGCUCGCUGCUGCAACUUGUGUCGCUACAGGCGUUUAAAGGCAGCUCUACUCAGUCGCAUCGUCUCCUCUCUCUAUUCGCGUUGUGCGUGCUCUCUCCCACGGCAACCGGCGAGGCGCGCGCGUUCGAAGCGGCUUGCGGGACGGUCCAAGGUUUGGGGCCCGACGUGGCCAACUGGGGCCGGGCCCCACAUCCCAAGAGGCUGCCAAGAUUGGCUAUGAGACUGUACCCCAAUCACGAGAAGUAUUUCAGAGAAGAACUGGAUAUGGUGCCCGAAGAAAACACUAGAAGGUAACAUUUAUUAUUCCAUGGUUAAAUGCGAGCGGAAAAUAUGGAUGAGCAAACUUAUAGUCAUGGUUAUAUCUGGGCAGACGAUGUGGUUAUUUAACCUAAUGCUGGACAUUGGAGAUUGAAAUGGGGGCUAAAAUCAAGAGUCAAUGAAACUUGUGAAUGACCUUUUAAAAGUUCCGUCAAAAACUAAUGCCCGUUUUUAAGUGACCUCUUUGAAUACAAAACUCCUGUUAUAUGUUACCAUAAUUAUGGGUCACUUAAAAAUUAGGGAUUGAUGGUGAAAACGGCAUAAGACUAAGGUCAUAAUGUUGUCUAGUUUUUGCGCAAGAGUUUUGAUAGUUGUCUAGUCAAUUAUAAACGAAAAUGCCAAAAAACUCUUCACUAAAUUUUGGAGCCGCUCUCAUUACAAAAAAGAACACAUAUCAAAAAGUGAUUUUCGGAGAUACAGCACUUUUGCGGCAGCGUCGCUUUAUAUCGCCAUUUCAAGGGAGCUUUAAAUUAUGAUCAGUUAUAGAUAAGAAGAUUUGACCUUGUUACGUGAACAGCGUUGUUACUUGAAGGUAAUCGGAAUGUUAGAUAUGUUAGGUACUUAUAUUACUCAAAUUACUUUGCGAAAAAUCUA